AUGCUCUUCGCGUGCUUUGAUCAUCUCACUGCGUAUGAGAUCUAUGAAUCAUUUUCGAAGUUAAAUACUCGUUGUGAUGAUCUUAUUGACAACAUUGGUCUUUAUCUCGAUUUCACCAAUACUUCAAAGACAAAAUUUGAUAAGUUUUGUUUGAAAUUGUUAUCGAACCCUCGAAUCAAAGAUCAAAUUCGUUGUUUAAAACUCUCGAAUAAUUUCACAUGAUACAUUAAUUCAGAAUACGAUUCUGAUGAAGACCUAUCUAUUCAAUUGUGCAAUGCUGUUCAUUUGCGAAAACUCAAUAUCAAUGAGUUUCCAUAUCCAUUUGAGAAGAUCAAGAUGUUAUUGCAAUGCACACCUAAUUUAGCCCAUUUAGCAUUAUCCGCCCACAAUAACUUGAGUAUGUUCGAUGCUCAUCAAUGGGAAGAUCUGAUAGUAUCAUCAUUACAUAAUUUGAAUGCAUUCAAAUUUUCUUUUAGUACCACUAAUGCCAAUAAAAACAUAAUGUCGAAACUGAAACAAUUUCGAAGUGAUUUUUGGCUAAAAAANGAAAAGAUCAAGAUGUUAUUGCAAUGCACACCUAAUUUAGCCCAUUUAGCAUUAUCCGCCCACAAUAACUUGAGUAUGUUCGAUGCUCAUCAAUGGGAAGAUCUGAUAGUAUCAUCAUUACAUAAUUUGAAUGCAUUCAAAUUUUCUUUUACUACCACUAAUGCUAAUAAAAACAUAAUGUCGAAACUGAAACAAUUUCGAAGUGAUUUUUGGCUAAAAAAACAUCAAUGGUUUACAGACUAUGUCUUAAGAGAAGGUUCAGCAAUGAUUUGUACAUUACCUUACCAUUUAUCUUCAUGCAUGUUGCAGUCGUAUAAAGAAAAAUAUUUCGACCAAUCCAAGAGAAAACACCAACGAUUUAGUUACGUUAAAACAUAUCAAUCGAUUUUAAUAUUAUAUCUGAAGACACGGAAUGCUAUAUUCCAUGUGCUGAUUCUCUGA